AUGCUUCGCCGGCUGUCCGCGCGCCGCCCGUGGUGGGUGAACGGGGGGUUCGACCCCGCGUUGUCGACCGCCGCGCGGUGGAUUUUCGCGGAUAAAAUCCGCGCCGGGAUGGUGCUCAAAGUCGACAAACGCAUCUACCGCGUAACGGCGAGCACGCGCUCGCAAAAAGGCCAAAACGCCGCCUCGUUCAACGUCAAACUCGCGGAGGUGGGGAGCGGGCGGAAAAAAGAGGUGACGGCCGGGCAAGGCCACGACUUCGAAGAGGUCCGCGCCACGCGGGUGCGUCUUCUUUUCAGCGGCUUCGACGACGACGACGCCGCGUGUUUUGUGUUCCCCCAACACAGCAGCGAGGCCGGGCGCGAGAUCCUCCUCCCCGCGAGUUCGUUGCCGGAGAUUCAGCAAAAUUUCCUCUGCUGCGGGAUGCCCGUGGACCUCCUUCGCGUCCUGCCCGAUUCGGAUAAGCCGGAGGAGAGUGAGAUUUGGAUGGAGCCCGUGAUGCCGAGCAGCUACGUCUACACCGUGGAGCGGAUUACGUUAAAGGGGUUGUAUAAAAUGGCGUCGUUGGUGGAGUGCGAUGGGGUGAUCAGCGUGAACGAUUCGGUUCAGAUUGGGGAGAAGGUCAAGGUCGUGUUGAAGCCCGACGGCACCGCCGCCUUCGGAGGACGCAUCACGUGA